AUGUGGGUUUUUCCACGGCUGCCUCUUUCCCCCCCACCCGUCCCCUGCGGAGCCCGUGGCUGCCAUCCGAGACAGCUGUGCUGCUCCGUAUAAGUGGGCCCAGGGCUGCCACGGGGAUCCUUAUGGCUGUGAACGGAGACCUUUCGCCAUUUUUGGCUGCCAGGCUUCUGAGGGACACUCCUUGCUGAAAUUAAAAUGCAUGACCGACAGCGAAACUCUUGCACCAGAUUGGCCUUAUUUUAAAACCAUUGACAGAAUAUUGUCCAAAGUGUCUGAGCACAAUGAUGUGAAAAUGCAUGACAGUCAGCAGCCAGGCCCAUCAACCUCCCAGACAGAAGCCUCGCAGUCCCCCUCGGCCAAGUCCACACCUCUCUACUUGCCAUAUAACCAAUUCACCUACGAAGGGAGAGAAGAAUUUUUCGAAGACGACCAUUCCGAGAGCUCUUCUAGCUUGCUCUCUUAUAAGUUAAGAGCUGAAGAAAGACCCAUGAAGAAAAGGAAAAUGCAAAGCUGUAGCUUUCAAAAAAAGAAACUGAAGCUAAUGGAAGCGAUGCUAGAGGAACAAAAGAAGCUGAGCAGAGCUAUGGAAGAAACCUGCCGGGAAGUACGGAGGAUUCUGGACCAGCAAAACAUCAUCCAGGUUCAGAGUCUGCAGUUGCAAGAACGAAUGAUGAACCUUUUGGAAAAAAUGAUCUCCAAAGCAAAUGUUUAGUCUAUUUUGUGACCAUCCCGAAAGUACAAUAUUAAUCUAUUUUAGAGAAAUUGCGUAUUAGAUAGGAUUGCGUCUUUCUCAGAUUUUU